AUGUCCGGCACUCAACCUGUGGCGGUGUACGCCAUGAAAGUCCCUCCUGGGGAUAUCAUGGUCCCCGCCGUUCCCGAGUUUGCUGCUAUGUUCCGUGUGACCAUGGCCGCGAUCGACCCCAGCGCCGAGCCCGAGUUUGAAGAUGCCGACGACAAGCGACCCGCUCGAGCCACCCUCAAAGUCGUCCGCGUGCCAGAUUCCCUGUUCGACGACUCUGAUGACGACUCUGAAGAUGAUGAAGACUACCUUGAUGGCCUGGAUGAUGACGAGGACGGAUCUUCUGACGAUGAGGAAGUCAACGGUGGCCCCAGCGAGAAGAAGACCCGGAAACUGGCCCUUCUCGAGAUGCUUGCCAAGGAGGAAGAAGAAGGUGAUGACGAUGAUGAUGAUGAGGACAUGGAAGACGGCGAAGACGAGGAUGACGAGGAUGCCCUGGCAGACGAGCAGGCCAUCGCUCAAUUGAAGAAACUCAUGAAGGACGCUAAGGGCAAAGGAAAGGCCCUCGACGGCGAGGAAGAGGACGAUGAUGAGGAGGACUCUGACGAUGAGGCUGUCGAGUUGGACGAGGUUGUUGUCUGCACGCUCGACCCUGAGAGAAACUACCAACAAACUCUUGAUUUUGUCGUCGGCGAAGGCGAGAAGGUCUUCUUCAAGGUCUCCGGUACCCACACUGUCCAUCUCACCGGCAACUACGUGAUCCCUCAAGACGACGGCCAGGCCUCUCUGUACGACGAAGACGAUGAAGACGAGGAUGACUACGACCUGUCCCCAGACGAGGACGAGCUUGACGCUUUCGAAGACACCGACGAAGAGUCCGACGACCUGGAUAACCUCGCCGACCCUCGCGUCACCGAAGUCGGGACUGACGACGAAGAGGCGGCACCGGCUGCGAAGGCUGCCGGCAAAGGCAAGAACAAGCGCCCCGCGGAAGACAGUGAUGACGAGGAGGCCAACCUUGACGACAUCAUGGCCAAGUCGCUGAAGAAGGACGAGGCAGCCACCGCCAACAGCGAAGAGAAGAAGCUCAGCAAAGCGGAGAAGAAGCGUCUGAAGAAACUGAAGAAGAACGAUGGUGAAGCCGCUCCCGCUGCUUCCGAGCCCAAGAAAGAAACCGCCAACGGCACCUCUGAGAAGAAGGUCCAGUUCGCAAAGAAUCUCGAACAGGGACCGACUCCGUCCGGCACGGCGCCUGCAAAGGCCAACAGCAAGACCGACAAGGCCAGCGAACCGACGGGUGUCAAGGAGGUCAAUGGAGUGACGAUCGACGUGCGCAAGGUCGGGACCGGCCCGGCUGCGAAGAAGGGAAACCGUCUGGAGAUGCGCUACAUUGGCAAGCUGGACAACGGCAAGGUCUUUGAUAGCAACAAGUCCGGCAAGCCGUUCAGCUUCAAGCUCGGUGCCGGUGAGGUCAUCAAGGGCUGGGACAUUGGUCUUGAAGGCAUCCAGGUCGGCGGCGAGCGACGCCUGGUCAUCCCUCCUCACUUGGCCUACGGCAACAAGGCUCUCCCUGGUAUUCCCAAGAACAGCAAGUUGACCUUCGACAUCAAGUGCUUGAGCGUCAAAUAG